UAGCCCAAAUGUCAAAGCUUCUAAUUGCUUCCAAAGGUGUGAAACAACCUUUACCAAACCUCAAGUAUCAGAAGCUUGUGGAAGUAACUUGUAGCCAGCUAACAGCUCCACUAUACAAUUUUAUGGUAGUGAUGCAAAAGAAACAACUGGAGAGCACGAAAUCUAAAGCACUCGUCAAUAAAAUCAAAAGGGAGAACAGAUGCAUCCCCGACUUGAUAUACCAAAUAGAAGAUUAUGAGAAAUAUCUCAUACAAAUUAGCAAGGCUACAAAAAUAAAUUUGCUGAGGCAUGCAAAACGAAGCACCUCCAGGGACUUCAAGAUAAUAGAGCCGCAAAGUUUUUCCGUAGAGGAAGGUGCUGGAAGCCAAGAUGCAGAUGAUAAUGAUGCAGCACGAGGUGAGAAUGAAGAGGACCCUCGUGAUGAAGAAGGAAAUGGAGCAGAAGACGAAUCAGUGGUUGGUGCUGAAGAUGAUGAUGAAGGAAAUGAAGUGGAAGAUGCAUUAAUGGCUGCUUACGAUAGUCCACCAGCAGUAGAGGCUUCUGAGUCUGAGGACGAGGGUGAACCUGAUCUUCCUAAGACAAAGAGAGCAAAAAUGACGAGGGUUGUUGAGGACUCGGAUGAAGAAGCAUAAAAGAGGCAGAGUUGCCAAAUUUGUAAAGCUGUGAGAUGUGGUCUGGAAACUAGGAUUCAUGUAAAUAUGAAGAAAUAGUUUGAAGUUUUUUCGUCUUUCGAAGAUGGCAGCUAGCACUCCAGUUUGCAAAUCCGUUUUGUAGUAGCCUUUUGGAAAUUUCGUUGUAAUUGAGGUGAAGAAAAAUGUAUUUGAUUGUGUAUAUCCAGUUUCACUUUUUGUGCA